UAUUCCUCAUCCCCUGAUUAUUUAAAAAAAAAAAAAAAAACUCUUGUAUUGUUAUUUUUAAGGGGUGUGAGAUUCUGAUUUAUUGUUGCACAUUAUCCUAAUCCAUUUCUUUUCAAUCUUCUCUGUGAUUUCAAUUCCUUGAUCUGCUUGUUGCUGCCAUCGUCAACUAAUCAUGGUGCUUCAUAGAGAACUCGACCUUCUCCUUUCUCCCUCUUUCAUAGACCCUCCACAAGGUGACGGUGCGAAAUCCAGUGGGAUGUCAAUUGAAAAGAAGAUUGAGUUCCUUGAAAGCUUGACCGGAAAGGUCACAAAUCGAAGGUCUCGUAGGUGGUUAAAUGAUCGUCUCUUGAUGGAACUAGUACCGCGUUUAAAUGCUGAGGAAAUUCGAGGCUUAUUUGCUCCACCACCUUGGGGGGGCGAAGUUCCACCUUCAACAUUUUGCAUGACUAAUGUGGAGGAGUGGGACAGAUUCAGGAACAUAGACAUGGAUAAGGAGGUUAGUAUAAUUCGUGCCCUAGAAAACUCUGUAGAAAAGAGGAAAGGUCACAUUGAUGCUGACAAGAUGGCAGUGUUGAAUGGUUGGCAUAGAGUUGAUUGUAGAACAAGAGAGGCACUUCGCCGCAGCUCUCUUUCUGAACUCAUAGAGGGUUAUGAGGAAUGUGUACGAGUCUUCAUAACAGAAAGCACAGAUGGAGAUGUUCUUGAACUACGAAUUCAGGAUCCUUUUCAUAGAUUGUUACUGCAUGGUGUUUGUGAGUUCUACAACCUGGCCUCAGAUACAGUGACAGAUUCGGAUGGCGUUGAGUCGUCAAAGAUGACAAGGAUAAAGAAGAAGAAAAGGGGUUCUCCUGAGCUCCCAAACAUCACCCUCGCCCAUUUUCUGAAAAUGUCCAAGGAAGGAAUUUGGUAGUUUCUUCAGCCACAGCAGUUGUCCAUACACAAUAAAACCUGUGGGCAUCCACCCCGAUGAACAAUGUACAAUGUUGUUUAUUAUUCCAGAACAUCACUGUAAAUUAGUUCGCCGACCUGUACUUUAUUGGUUGAUACCACCAGUCAACAUAAGUUGUUGAUUGUUGGUUUUCAAUGUUGUAGCUGAUUAAAUCUGAUUUUAAUAAAUAUCAUAUUUGA